UGGAUCGCUCCCUGCCGCGGUGUCAGCUCCCGGCGCGGGGGGAGCGCGGGGGGCCCGGACACGUCUACAGAAAUUCCGAGAGGGCCGGGCUGGGCGGGCGGAGGGGAAGGCACGGGAGAGCGAAGGCAAGGGGCGUCCCGGGCAGGAAAGGGGCGUCCUGAACCCCCCGCCCGCCUCCUUCCCCGGCCGGGCCCUUCCGCCGCCGGAGCCCCAGCGCCAUGGCCACGGCCCCGGGCAGCCAAUGCUGCCUCCUCCUCCUCCUCCUCCUCCUCCUGGGCGUCCUGGGGGCCCCGGCGCUGGGCGACCCCGGCCCCUUGGAAGACGUGGUGAUAGACAGAUACUAUAUUCCCAAAAUCUGCCUGCGGGAGGCGCAGAUGGGGGAUUUCAUUCGCUACCACUACAAUGGGACCUUUAAAGAUGGCAAAAAGUUUGACUCCAGCUACGACCGAGGGGCCACGGUGGCCGGUGUGGUGGGCGUUGGGCGGCUGAUCACGGGCAUGGACCGGGGGCUGCAGGGCAUGUGCGUCAACGAGCGGCGUCACCUCAUCGUGCCACCCCACCUGGGCUACGGCAGCAUCGGCGUGGCGGGGCUGAUCCCCCCAGAUGCCACCCUGUACUUCGAUGUCGUCAUGCUGGACAUCUGGAACAAGAAUGACAAGCUGCAGAUCACCACCCUGUCCAAACCCGAGCGCUGCAACCGCACGGUGGAGAACUCGGACUUCGUGCGCUACCACUACAACGGCACUCUGCUGGAUGGGACCCCCUUCGACUCCAGCUACAGCAAGGGCAGCACCUAUGACACGUACGUGGGCACUGGGUGGCUGAUCAAGGGCAUGGACCAGGGGCUGCUGGGGAUGUGCGCUGGGGAGAAGAGGAGCAUCAUCAUCCCCCCGUUCCUGGCCUAUGGGGAGAAGGGCUACGGGACGGUGAUCCCACCGCAGGCGUCGCUGGUGUUCAGCGUGCUGCUGGUGGAUUUCCACAAUCCCAAGGACGGCGUCUCCCUGGAGCACCUGGAGGUGCCGGAGUCCUGCCGGCGCCGAGCUGUCACCGGGGACUUUGUCCGCUACCACUACAACGGGACACUCAUGGAUGGGACACUCUUCGACUCCAGUUACUCCCGCAAUCAGACCUACAACACCUACAUUGGGAAGGGCUACAUCAUCCCUGGCAUGGAUCAGGGGCUGCAGGGGGUCUGCGUGGGAGAGCACCGGCGGGUGGUCAUCCCCCCACACCUGGCUUACGGGGAGAAUGGUGCAGGGGAUAAAAUUCCCGGCUCGGCCGUGCUCAUCUUUGAUGUUCACAUCAUCGACUUCCACAACCCCGCGGACCCGGUGGAGAUCGAGACCGUGUUCCGGCCCGAGGGCUGCAACGUCACCACCCGCCAGCGGGACUUCGUGCGCUACCACUACAACUGCUCCCUGCUGGAUGGCACCCGGCUCUUCUCCUCCCAUGACUACGAGAAGCCCCAGGAGGUGACUCUGGGGGCCAACAAGGUGAUCGAGGGGUUGAACAGCGGCCUCCUGGACAUGUGUGCAGGGGAGAGGCGCGUGCUCAUCGUGCCCCCACACCUGGGCCACGGCGAGAGCGGAGCCAGGGGGGUGCCUGGCAGCGCCGUGCUCCGCUUCGAGGUGGAGCUGAUCUCCAUGGAGGAGGGGGUUCCUGAGGGUUACCUCUUCAUCUGGCACGGGGAGCCACCAGCCAACCUGUACGAGCAGAUGGACCUCAACAAGGACGGGGGGAUCCCUGCUGAAGAGUUCUCCACCUUCAUCAAGACGCAGGUGGCGGAGGGGAAGGGCCGCCUGAUGCCCAGCUCCGACCCAGAGAAGGUCAUUGCUGACAUGUUCCGGAACCAGGACCGCAACCAGGACGGGAGGAUCACACCCGAGGAGCUGAAGCUCAAGUCGGAUGAGGACCAGGAGAAGAUUCACGAGGAGCUCUGAGGAGCAGUCCCUGCUGUUCUGGACUCAUCCUUGCCAUGUCAGGGCCUCGCUCCCACUCCGGGGAUCUGCCCCUGCCCCUCCCCAGUCCUGCAGGGGGCCGGGUUGUGAUUUUCACCUCUUAUUAAUUGAGGGUGUUUUGAUGUGUUCUCCUGAGCAGGAAAACUCAGCCCCCAGCUAAUAAAUCCAGACAAGA